CUUAGAAUAACCGUAUAUAACACCCCUAAUCUCUUCGACUUUUUCCCAAUUCACUCUCACUCGAAUAAGAAGAAGAAGAAGAAUAAGAACCCAAUACCCAAAAAGAAAAACUUCACUUAUCCACAAAAAUGGCCAACAAUGGUGAAGGAGAGCAAAACCAAGUCAGCAGGCACCAGGAGGUUGGCCACAAGAGUCUUCUCCAAAGCGAUGCUCUGUACCAGUAUAUUCUUGAGACUAGUGUCUACCCAAGAGAACCUGAAAGCAUGAAGGAGCUCAGGGAAGUGACUGCUAAGCAUCCAUGGAACAUCAUGACGACCUCAGCUGAUGAAGGUCAAUUCCUGAACAUGCUUCUCAAGCUCAUCAAUGCCAAGAACACCAUGGAGAUCGGUGUUUACACUGGCUACUCUCUUCUCGCCACGGCUCUCGCUAUUCCCGAAGACGGAAAGAUUCUGGCUAUGGAUAUUAACAGAGAGAAUUACGAACUGGGUCUCCCUAUUAUUGAAAAAGCUGGCGUUGCUCACAAGAUCGAUUUCAGAGAAGGCCCUGCUCUCCCUGUUCUUGAUCAAAUGAUCGAAGAUGGAAAGUACCAUGGGAGCUUUGACUUUAUCUUCGUUGACGCUGACAAGGACAACUACUUGAACUACCACAAGAGGUUGAUUGACCUAGUCAAGGUCGGCGGUGUAAUUGGCUACGACAACACUCUCUGGAACGGUUCUGUGGUGGCGCCACCAGACGCACCACUCCGGAAGUACGUUAGGUACUACAGGGACUUCGUUAUUGAACUCAACAAGGCACUCGCUGCUGACCCUAGGAUCGAGAUCUGUAUGCUUCCCGUUGGUGAUGGAGUCACUAUAUGCCGUCGGAUCAGCUAAGUCAUUAAAAAAACAACAACAACAACACAAGAAAGAAAAAAGAGAAAAGUUUGGGACCUAAUCCAGUUCGAUACCCCCAAUGUUGAUUGCUGCAUAUGAUAAUUGACAAGAAAAGUCAAUAAUUUUUUCUUAUUUUGAUUUCUUCUUUUUAAUGUUUUACAAUAUUUUACACAAUUUGUGUUUGCGCAUUAAUUUGUAUUUGGCAAUUGGCCUAAGAAAAAGGUUGGACUUGGACGUAAUAUCUUCAAAUUUUAUAUAUAAUUUGGUGCUUUCUGAUUUU